AUGCGCAGACUCAGUUACAUCCAACUCGAAACUGUAUUGUUUUGUUUGGUUGACUAUAGUGUGCAUAACAGGGGCCAGGGGAAACCAGUGGAUCCAGCAUUUGGCAGUUUGGGGAAUUUAAAUAAUAAUAAUAAUAAUAAUAAUAAUAAUAAUAAUAAUAAUAAUAAUAAUAAUAAUAAUAAUAAUAAUAAUAAUAAUAAUAAUAAUAAUAAUAAUAAUAAUAAUAAUAAUAAUAAUAAUAAUAAUAAUAAUAAUAAUAAUAAUAAUAAUAAUAAUAAUAAUAAUAAUAAACGAGGUUCUGUUAUUAGGACCUGA